AUGAGGAGCGGCUCAGGCGAGACGAAAUUCGUGCAAGAGCUGAUUCUCUACGCGGCGAGCGCCGCCCUGAGUUGCCUGGUGCUGUUCGUUGGUCUGAAGCAACUGGACCCCAACCGUGACGCCGCCAAAAAAGCUCUCGCGCAGAAGAAGGAAAUCGCGAAGCGGUUGGGCAGGCCGCUAAUUCAAACCAAUUCAUAUGAGGAUGUUAUAGCCUGUGAUGUAGUCAAUCCAGAUCAUAUAGACGUGAAAUUUGAAUCCAUUGGAGGGUUGGACGCGAUUAAACAAGCACUGUAUGAGCUAGUCAUUCUGCCACUGCAAAGACCUGAACUGUUUUCUUAUGGGAAGCUUCUUGGUCCACAAAAGGGUGUUUUACUAUAUGGACCCCCUGGCACCGGGAAGACAAUGCUUGCCAAAGCAAUCGCAAAAGAAUCAGGAGCCGUUUUCAUUAAUGUGAAAAUAUCAAACUUAAUGAGCAAAUGGUUUGGAGAUGCCCAGAAGCUAGUGGCUGCUGUGUUCACCUUGGCUUACAAACUCCAGCCUGCUAUAAUCUUUAUUGAUGAAGUGGAUAGCUUUCUGGGCCAGCGCAAAUCUACAGACCAUGAAGCACUGACUAACAUGAAGACUGAAUUUAUGGCUAUGUGGGAUGGUUUCACCACAGACCAACACGCUCGGGUCAUGGUACUAGCCGCUACAAAUCGUCCAUCAGAACUUGACGAGGCAAUCCUUAGACGUCUUCCCCAAGCAUUCGAGAUUGGGUUGCCUAAUCGUAAGGACCGGGUUGAAAUAUUGAAGGUGGUUUUAAAGGGUGAGAAGGUUGAAGAUGACAUUAAUUAUGAUUGUAUAGCCGCCCUAUGUGAGGGUUACACUGGUUCUGAUAUUCUCGAGCUCUGCAAAAAAGCUGCAUAUUAUCCGAUUAGGGAAUUGCUUGAAGAUGAGAAAGCAGGAAAACUAGCUCAGCGCGCCAUGGCGUCGCCAUGGCGCGAGGCGAGGCGAGGCGGGGCCUUGUCGCUUCAGACCCUUGAGGCGAGGCGGGGUUCGAAAAGGCGUCGCCAUGGCGUCGCCUCGACUGUAGCGCUACAUAGAGUGAGGCAACGCCUUAUAAAUUUGAGGCGAGUCGGGGCAAAUAGGGAAUUUCAUAGUUAG